GCGGGCGCGAGGGCGGGGAGCAGUGCGGAAGCCCAGCCACAUAAAGAAACGGGCGACGCGACAGGGGCGGCUCUUUCCUGGGUGGGGUUUCUGAAGUCGUGGCCCGUUAGCAGGAAGCCGAACAGUUGCCCCAGCGCUAGAGAGGGACCCAAUCUGAGCCUCCAGCCCCCAGAGUUUGUGCUGUCUGUACUGUGUGCUCAGCGCUGCCAGACAGCUCCUAGCCGAACUUUAUCAACUCUGCCACUUUUGCAGCCACCAUGCCUAAGACGAUCAAUGUGCGUGUGACCACCAUGGAUGCAGAGCUGGAGUUUGCCAUUCAGCCCAACACCACUGGCAAACAGCUGUUUGACCAGGUGGUGAAAACUAUUGGCCUGAGGGAAGUUUGGUUUUUUGGUCUGCAAUACCAGGACACUAAAAAUUUCUCCACUUGGCUGAAACUCAAUAAAAAGGUGACUGCCCAGGAUGUGCGGAAGGAAAGCCCUCUGCUCUUCAAGUUUCGGGCCAAGUUCUAUCCUGAGGAUGUGUCUGAGGAAUUGAUCCAGGACAUCACACAGCGCCUGUUCUUCUUGCAAGUGAAGGAGGGCAUUCUCAAUGAUGAUAUUUACUGCCCACCAGAGACUGCUGUGCUACUGGCCUCCUAUGCUGUCCAGUCUAAGUAUGGUGACUUCAAUAAGGAAGUCCACAAGUCUGGCUACUUAGCUGGGGACAAGUUGCUGCCGCAGAGGGUCCUAGAGCAGCAUAAACUCAACAAGGACCAGUGGGAGGAGCGGAUUCAGGUGUGGCAUGAGGAGCACCGGGGCAUGCUCAGGGAGGAUGCUGUUCUAGAAUAUCUGAAGAUUGCCCAGGACCUGGAGAUGUAUGGUGUGAACUACUUCAGCAUCAAGAACAAGAAAGGCUCAGAAUUGUGGCUGGGAGUGGAUGCCCUAGGUCUCAACAUCUAUGAGCAGAAUGACAGACUGACUCCCAAGAUAGGCUUUCCCUGGAGUGAGAUCAGAAAUAUUUCUUUCAAUGACAAGAAAUUUGUCAUCAAGCCCAUUGACAAAAAAGCCCCGGACUUUGUCUUCUAUGCUCCCCGGCUGAGGAUUAACAAGCGUAUCUUGGCCCUGUGCAUGGGGAACCAUGAGCUAUACAUGCGCCGCCGCAAGCCUGACACCAUUGAGGUACAGCAGAUGAAGGCACAGGCCCGGGAGGAGAAGCACCAGAAACAGAUGGAACGUGCUUUGCUGGAAAAUGAGAAGAAGAAGCGUGAGAUGGCAGAAAAGGAGAAGGAGAAGAUUGAACGGGAAAAGGAGGAACUGAUGGAGAGGCUGAAGCAAAUUGAGGAACAGACUAAGAAGGCUCAGCACGAACUAGAAGAACAGACCCGCAGGGCCCUGGAGCUUGAACAGGAGCGGAAGCGUGCCCAGAGUGAGGCUGAAAAACUGGCCAAAGAGCGUCAAGAAGCUGAAGAGGCCAAGGAAGCCCUGUUGCAGGCCUCCCGCGAUCAGAAGAAGACUCAGGAACAGCUGGCCUUGGAAAUGGCAGAAUUGACAGCUCGAAUCUCUCAGCUGGAGAUGGCUCGACAGAAGAAGGAAAGUGAGGCUGUGGAAUGGCAGCAGAAGGCUCAGAUGGUACAAGAAGACUUGGAGAAGACCCGUGCUGAGCUGAAGACUGCCAUGAGUACACCUCACGUAGCUGAGCCGGCUGAGAAUGAGCAGGAUGAGCAGGAUGAGAAUGGGGCAGAGGCCAGUGCUGACCUGCGGGCUGAUGCCAUGGCCAAGGAUCGCAGUGAGGAGGAACGUACCACUGAGGCAGAGAAGAAUGAGCGUGUUCAGAAGCACCUGAAGGCCCUCACUUCAGAACUGGCCAAUGCCCGUGAUGAGUCCAAGAAGACUGCCAAUGACAUGAUCCAUGCUGAGAACAUGCGACUUGGCCGAGACAAAUACAAAACCCUGCGUCAGAUCCGGCAGGGCAAUACUAAGCAGCGUAUUGAUGAAUUUGAAUCCAUGUAAUGGUCACCAAGCCUCUAAGGACCCCUCCUCCCUUCUUCCUUGCCCCCACACUCCUAUACUCUUGCCUAACUCACAUUGUGCUGAAGCGACUAACUAGAGCAGCCCUGGAGUCAUGCCAAGUCUUCAGUGCCCCUAUGGGACCAAAUCUAGCCCCUCAGCCCUCACUCACCUAAUUGGGCAAAUAAAUGGCCCACUAUAGUGCCAAUUGGACCCUCUUUUCCCUCUAUGUCCAUUUUAAUCUAGAUUGCUAGAAGAGACCACUUUUGUAGCUUAGAGGCACUUCCCACUUGAUUGGGGAAAUACCCCCACACAAUACUGUUCUGUUGGACUUAAGCGUGAUAUAAGUUGAAAACUAACCCCGAUCCCUGCCCCACAACGUCCUUCCUUUUCAGGGUCCUGUGAUUUGCAGAAUUAGAGCAUCACACGGUUUACAGAAGGAGGUAGGGCCCUGGGUGUAUGCUCUAGGAUAUCAGCAAACUUAGGAUUAGACCUUCCAAUGUCCAUUUCUUCUAGAGUUAUUUAGGCUUCAUAAUGAUUGGAAGUGAAAAAGAUGUCAGUCAUUCUUCUCUAUACCUCCCAGAUUGGACCUGUUACAAAAUCCUUCUAAGUCUUGUCCCUGAGUUCAGGAAUUCAGUGAGAUCGGAGGAGACAGUAUCUUCAAGAGACUUCACCAACAUCUUAAAAGACUAUUGCCCAUUCUAUUCAGGCAGGGCUGUUUAGAAGAUCCUCCCAAAUGCCUUAUGGGAGCCUAGGCUUGUUUCAAGUGAGCUCUAUGGGAAGAGGUAUCCCUUACUAUUAUUCUGGGUUUCUCCCUUCUUGAGAUCUGCCCCUCCCCAUUCCAAUCCCCAAAUUCCCUCCAGCUAGAAUAGUAGGUAUGUUUACCCAAAAACCUAGCCAUCCCAUCCAGGACUCUUGCCAGUGGGGGUAAAUGUUCACACUUGGCUUCAGAGAGCUGUUGGGGGCUCUGGUCUGGUCCCUUCUACACUCUAACCCCUUUUUCUCAACACAGGAGCAACCUCCUCCUCUUCUCUGUUUCAUGUGUGCUCUUUUUUUUCCUACCAGUAUUAUAUAUUCUAGUGGCAUCUAAUUCAAUAUUGAUUUCUGUGUUUCUUGCUAGUGCACCCUUAGAAGAUAUUAGUUUUGAGGCAGGAUCAUUUUGGCCUCAUUUCCUUACCAUUCCCACAUAUGGGGGGAAGCAUAUACUAGGAAGCAUAUACUAUAUUAUAAAAGAAUAUUUUGCCAGAAAUAUUAUUGUAAGAAGCUUUCAGUAUUAGUGAUGUCAUCUAUCACUAUAGGUCAUACAGUUCAUUUUUAAAGUACUUGGUAUUUGGUUUUAUUGUUCUUUUAAUUUUCCCUUCUCCCCAGAGUUCAGUCCCCAAAGGGUCAUACUGUUCCUCCAUGGCAGUGCCCCUAGCCCAGAGCCCUUGGCUUCAAUCCCUCCCUGACUCCAUCCUGCCUGACUUUGGGGAGUCUUAUGUGCAUUGCUGUGAAUUAUAUUGACACUCUUUUGGUGAUAGGCCCCAUACUGGCUAAAUUCAAACCUGGAAUUGUGGGGUACUUUAGCUGCCUUAAGGGCAAUAAUGCACCCACAGGGAGGCUGGGGAGAAAGGUUAGAUUUUGUAUUCGGUUUUUUUGUGUGUGUUUUUUGGGAGUUUUUAAAAAUUGUUUUUGGAAGGAUUUAUGCUCAACCCAUGUUCUAUUUCAGUGCCAAUAAAAUUUAGGAUGACUUCUCUGUGA